UUCAUCACAUUGGAGUUUGCUUGCAGGCACCUAUGGGUACAUGGCACCAGAGCUUGCCUAUGUAAUGAGAAUGACUGAAAAAUGUGACGUAUAUAGUUUUGGGAUUGUAGCACUUGAAGUGAUACAUGGAACACAUCCUUGUGAUCUCCUAAGCAACUUUUCAUUAAGCAUGUUAGUGAAAGAUAUCCUAGAUCCACGUCUUCCACUUCAUAUAGCUGAUCAGGUGAUGACAAACCAAGUGCUUUCAGUGAUUUUAAUAGCAAUGCAAUGCAUUAACACUAAUCCACAAGCUCGCCCUUCAAUGCAACAAGUAUCUCAAAGGUUGUCUCCUCCAAAGUUUUUGCCAGCAUGUCACAUCUAUUCUUUUCAAGCACUUACCUUUGAUCACCUCAUAAACAUUGUGCAAACAAAUAUUGAUGAUCAAGCACAUGAAUAAUGGGAACUUAGGAAAGGAGUAUAUAUUACAAGUACUGGAGGUAUAAUUCAGUCUUCUUCUCUCAUUCUCCUAAGUUUCGUUAAUUAGAGGCAUAUCCGUUCUUAAUA